ACGUCGCGAGUCGUGAGGGUUUUAUUGGGAACCACUGUGCGAGUGGCGGCCUGCGGCCUUUACUGUGAUACUGUGAGGAUUUACGGUGACACCUUUUUUGCAGCACGAAUCCCUUUCCUCUUUUCCCGUCAAUAUAUAAUCUCCUUAUACCCAAAAAACAAAAAAGAGCAGUAUAUUUUCAUACGGGAAAGAGAAAAGUGUAUACAAAAAUAAUUAACAAUCCAAAAUCCAACGGUUGAGUCGUUGAAUCGGUGUAACGCCCGAACUUUGAGCAGUAACCUCACCAAGGUUUCUACCACCUUGUGUCAGUGAGCGUUUUGUUUUUCAACAUAGAAAAAAAAAAAAAACAACGGUGUGGUAUCGCGUAUCGAACUUGUUUUAUUUUGAAUAAUAUCGCAAGUGUCAUUAUACGCGAAUAUAUAUUGAUGAACUCGGGUUGAUCAAACAAAUAAGUGCGUUAGAUAAAUGAAAAAAUAUUGACUUUGAAUGUGGCGAAUUUUUUUGCGUUCCGACGUAGAGGCACCAAUCUGACAGUUGGUUCAUAUACCGCAUACGUUUUUUGUUAAUUUCAAUUCGACGUCUCUUCGUGAUUCUAACGAUUUUUGGAACGUUAUGACUCGAAAGACUAUCUCAAAACAAUAGAAUUCACUUUUUUUUUGUUUAUUUAUUUAUUUAUUUUUUUUUCACAAAAUCUUGAGGCUCAUAUAGCAGCUCGAAGCUCAUAGUUCGGCAGCCUUAAUUAACAAAAUAUUGUAAAAAAAGCCAAAGGAGUUUGAAAAAAUGUCGAAGAAUAAAUUAAAUCUGACACUGCCGCCGGGCUCUAUAGAGCCGGUACCGGUCGUGUCACCUUCUCCGCCGGUUCAACCCCUCGCAACGUAUGCCGAGCCGCCUGUUAUACAAGACAGAGUCAUGGGUAAAAUGAGCAUCGACGCCAUACAAGAAAGACUGGAAGAAUUGGAAAUGGACGAGGAACAGCGCAAGAGACUCGAGAGCUUCUUGGGUCAAAAAGAAAAAGUUGGAGAAUUCGGAGCUGGAAACGGCGGUGUUGUAAUGAAAGUGAGGCAUAAAAAGUAUGGCCUUAUCAUGGCUAGAAAGCUGAUUCAUCUGGAAGUCAAGCCGGCUAUAAAGAAACAAAUUAUUCGUGAACUGAAAGUACUCCACGAGAGUAACUUUGCCCACAUUGUUGGAUUUUACGGAGCUUUUCACAGCGACAGAGAAAUUAGCAUAUGCAUGGAAUACAUAAUUGAGCGCUCUUUGUGUCAAAUUAUAAAAAAAAAAAACCUUGUCUUGUCUUUCAUUUGUUUAUCUCUCUGCUUAAUAAUCUCUGUGUUCAAGGUGCUGAAAGGUUUGAGUUAUUUGCGAGACAAACAUUCGAUUAUGCAUCGCGAUGUUAAAGCGAGUAACAUACUCGUCAAUAGCGCUGGUGAAAUAAAAAUCUGUGAUUUUGGAGUUUCUGGACAGUUGAUCGAUUCAAUGGCCAACUCUUUUGUUGGCACGAGGAGUUAUAUGUCGCCAGAAAGAUUGCAGGGCACCCAUUAUUCUGUUCAAAGUGACAUUUGGUCGUUGGGACUGUCGCUUGUAGAAAUGGCGAUUGGAAUGUAUCCUAUAUCAUCGACACCACCACCACCACCACCACCGCCACCGCCACCGCCACCGCAGCCACCCAUCACCAACACCGUCAACAAUGUAUCUACGCCGACCUCGCAAUCACCCGCACACAACGCUGGUAGUCCCAGACCAAUGGCAAUUUUCGAAUUGCUCGAUUACGUCGUAAAUGAGCCGCCACCGAGGCUGCCACCGGGAAUUUUUACUGACUCUUUUAUGGACUUUGUCGAUCGCUGUUUGAAGAAGAAUCCAGCUGAGCGAGCUGAUUUAAAAACACUGAUGAAUCACGAGUGGAUAAAGAAGGCCGAAAUGGAGAACGUCGACAUCGCUGGAUGGGUUUGUCGAACUAUGGAUCUGCAACCGACCACUCCGACCCGUCUGGAGAACGUACAGUCCUGAAUAAAUGUCACUCUUACAUACUUGACCACGUACAUACGCGUUCAAAACUCCUGAGUCACUUUUCGUUAGGAAUAUAUACGUAUCAUACGUAUAUUUCGAAUAUGUUGUUGUUGUUUUUUUAUAUAUAUAAUAAUCGGUUAGUCCAUUAUUGUUUUCCUCGUAAAGUGGCGGCGUUAGCUGUUUCCGUUGUUGAAAUAUCUCUAUCCUUUGACUGGUGAACGUGAAAUGUACACGGGGGAAGGUGUAAAAUGCUGGCAUCAAUUCCAAUUGAGUCGUUCUCGAUAGCGACGAUCCCGAAGGACAAAAAAAAAAGAGAGAGAAAGAGAGGAAAAUAAGUUAAUCGACGGAUCGAAGGAUCCUAUAGUUGCAAAGUAAUAAAAUUAAUCGAGUAACUCGAGUGUGUUGAAACGGGCAUUGUGAAUAACUCGCGAUGUAAUAAAAAUUUUGCGAAAAAUGUGAUUCGCGCGACGUCACGCCACCACUACUACUCUUCAUCAUAGAUUCAUUCACCCGAUCAUUAUCAUUAUUUGUUUUUGUUUACUUAAUCAUCUCUCAUCAGUUUCCUUUGAAAAGUAUGUAAGACAAUGUGAAAGCAAGAUAACACACACACACACACACACACACACACACACGGUGAGAAGAGUUAUAGCGUCGUACAUUACGUACAUUUAGAUAUUGUUAUAAGAAUAAAGAAACCGCGCGCGCGCGCGCAUGCCCACGAUGUAUGUAUUUCCUGUGAUAAGAAUUAGGAUAUCGAUAGAGAAAAAAAAUGCAAACGUACAUUUAAAACAAUUAUGAUACGAGCAUAUGCAUAUAGGCAUAAAUUAAAAAACAACAACAGACAAUUA